AUGGGACCCUUCCCUACAAUGAGCGCAUCAACCAUGAACAUCGGAACAACAGCCAAUGGCUCGACCAAGGGCAGCAACGGAAGCGUAGAAACCGUACGUGACGUUAUUUGUGGAGCGUCGAAAUACAAUGCCAUCCCGCUUUGGCCGCAGAUGGUGAAAUACAAUCCGCCGCAACCAAAUCCAAAGUGUGUCCCGGACAUCUGGCGAUAUGAUGAAGUGCGGCCGUAUCUUGUUAGGGCUGGAGAUUUGGUGAAGGAGAAAGAUGCAGAGCGCAGAGUGCUGAUGCUGGGUCCAUACACUACGGAUACACUCUAUGCAGGGCUACAGUUGGUCAUGCCCAAUGAGAUCGCGCCUGCACACAGACACACUGCGUUCGCAGUGCGCUUCGUGAUUGAAGGCCGCGGUGGGUUCACGGCGGUACAUGGGCAGCGCAUCCAGAUGAAUGCUGGUGAUGUCAUCUUGACACCGACCUGGAACUGGCACGAUCAUGGGAAGGACGGGUCUGGUCCGAUGAUAUGGCUUGACGCGCUCGAUUUACCAUUGUUCCAAUUCUUCCCCGUGCACUUUGUGGAGCAUUUCAAGGAGAAAAGGUAUCCAGCUGUAGAUGCUGAUACAAGUCAGAGCCCAAUUGUGUUCCCUUGGGCGAAAAUGAGGAGAGAGUUGGAUAAUGUCAAUGGCGACUGGGUGACGAGAGAGUAUAGAAAGGCGGAUGGGAGUUAUGUAAGCAAAACUAUAAAUCCGUCGGCCGAGCGCAUUGCUCCUCAAACUUUCACUGCGUCCCGGCGAGAAACGACAUCGUGCGUCUAUCACGUUAUUGCCGGGGCAGGAGAGUCGAAGAUAGGCGAGAGGGUGUUGAAUUGGAAGAAAGGUGAUACUUUUUGCAUACCGUCGUGGUACAAAUACCAGCACACCGCUGGCCAUCAAGAAACUGUUUACUUGUAUAGAUUCGAUGAUAAGCCCAUGAUCGAGGCACUCGGGUUCUACGUAUACGAAGAUAGCGAUGGUAUUAUACACAGGGAGGCUUAAAGAAAUGGCUUCAUACCGAGGAGAUUGUGCUUCAUCUAGAUAUUUGU